CCUUGAAACAUCGACCAAGCGCCGCCAGCCUUCUCAUCCCAUCUUUCCACGGAAUAAAUUCCCUCUAUAAUGCUCUCUUCCCACUUCUAGAAAUAUUCCAAUCUGCAGGCACGUAGGAAUCUUCUCUCCCUUUCACCACCGACCUUCUCAAUCUCUCUCGAUUCACCGAGGAACUUUCCACCAGCUCCUUCCUUCUCAAUCUCCCUCAAUUCACAUCGCACCUUCCACAACCACCACCAACAAUGGCGAGCCACGGCCCCCCCUCCGACUCCUGGGCCUCCCCCUUCUCCAUCGACCUCCUCCUCAAAGUCGCCAACGUAACCUUCCUCCACCCCUUCGUCGCGUGGAUGAUCCCCCUCUGCCUGCGCGCCCAAGUCUAUCCCUGGACCAGUCCCGUCAUGCAAUCUGCCAUCCUGUACGCCUCGCUGCUGACCCUCUUCUUCUUCCUCGGCGUCCUGAAUCGGCAGAUCGCGUACUCGAAGCCCCGCGUCGUCGAUCUGGGCGAGGAGGUCAUUGUGAUUACCGGCGGCGCAAGUGGGCUCGGGCUGCUGGUCGCGGAGGUUUAUGGCAUGCGCGGGGCGACGGUAGCGGUGCUUGAUGUUGCGGAAUUGGAGUCUGGAGAGGCGAGGGGCGUGACGGUUUAUAAGUGUGAUGUCGGGGAUGCAGCGCAGGUCGCGAAGGUAGCAGCGCAGAUUGAGCGAGAGCUCGGCACCCCAACAAUCCUCAUCAACAACGCCGGCGUCGUAAACGGCGGCACCCUCCUCGACACAAGCAUAGACCGCAUCCAGCACAGCAUCUCCGUCAACCUCCUCGCCCACUUCUACACCCUCAAAGCCUUCCUCCCCGGCAUGAUCCGCUGUGGCCACGGCACCAUCGUCACCAUCUCCAGCGUACUGGGCGUCACCGGCGCCGCGCGGCUAACCGACUACUCCGCCUCCAAAGCGGGCGUGGCAGCCCUGCACACCUCUCUCACCGCGGAACUCAGGCAGUACCCUGAUAUCAAGACUGUGCUAGUGACGCCAGGACAGCUGAGCACGCCUUUGUUCGCGGGAGUGCAGACGCCGAGCGGGUUCUGGGCGCCGGUCGUGGAGCCGGUGGAGGUCGCGAAGGAGAUUGUGAGGGUUGUGGAUGGGGGGGGGAGUGAGGUGUUGGCGAUGCCGUUGUAUGCGAGGUGGGUGGGGUGGUUGGGGGUGAUGCCGGGCACCGCGACUAAUGUGGGCGAUGGAGGAGCUCUGGCAAAUUGUUUAGCUCGCGCGAAGUCUCUCGAAGAUAUUCCUCGCGCCCUAGCUGCGUAUCAGGAGGUGAGGAAAGCCAGGGCAGAACAAAUCCAGGAAACCGCUCUCUCAAUCGGAGUUUACAAGGCGUUGGAGGACGGCACUGAGCAGCGUGAGCGAGAUCUGAAGAUAGCAGAGAGAAUAGAUCCGAAGAAUCCAAAGCACAUCGCUUAG